GGGCUUGCCCUCCCGCCGCUCGCAUCUCGCAUGGGGACGACUGGAUUCUUGCCGUUUCCUAGCGGAUCUAGAGACCGCGUGUGUCCCCGCAUCUCGAAGCUCAGCGCCUGUACUUUCCUCAUGCAGUGCUCCGGCGAUUAUACCGCUAUUUUGGGGGUUGUCGCUCUUAAGGUAUAUAGGGAAGCGACAGUCGGCCGCAGACGGUCCUUUGGAGCGCACAAGUUCAGAGAAGCCGCACUCGGCAGAGAAGCAGUCGGCAUCAUGCUAUUGCUUGCCGUGGCCCUGUUCUGCCCGCUGGCGCUGCCGGCCUUCGCAGGAACCAUCCGAGGCGUGCGCGGCCUCGGAGAUGCGGCGGGCGGGGCGGUCGUGCCGGCGCUCGCCAUCACGGCGCCCGUUGCCCAGGUGCGCUUCGAGGCCCGGCCACAGGUGAAGGUCAAGCUGGUGCCCAAGCCCGUAAUCGGAUACGUGACCGAACCCGUGGCGUCGGUGCAGCAUGGUUUCAAGCCCGUGCUGACCAUCGCCGCCGGCGUUCCCGUCAGUCUCGUAGACGGCAGCAUCGGUGGAGGUGUGGGCGGCCCCUUCGGGCCUUCCACGGGCUUCUUCUCUAGUUACGGAGCGUCUAACAGCUUGGACUACAAGUGGUGACUUGUGCCGGUGCCCCGCCGGGCAUGCAGACCGGAGAAACAGUGCUGUUUCUGCUACCGGGCAGUUUGCUCCCAGAAAGGGCUGCCGGGGGUCAAGGCAGAUCGGGCGCUCUGGCGUCACGAUCGAACCAUCGUGUAUAUUUUGUACAUAGGCCUAUAUAUACGCGCCAAGUAUGAAAUUGGGCGCCCCUGUGUGGGCUGCGUCUGCAGCCUUCGUUGCUCCAAGUCAACGUCCUCGACGACGACGAAUAUACAAUUCCGGACUAGCAACGCUGGAACCGGCACGGCUGCCUCGCUUCCUGACUCGCCCUUCGAGAUCUCAAAUAAAAUUGCUCUGGCACGUGGUCAUCGCGGACCAUGGACUUGGAA